AAAUGACCAACAUAACAUUUUUAGAAAAUAUAGCUGCUAUAGGAUACUAUUAAAAUAUAUGAGAGAGAAUAUAGACAUCAUGUAUAUAGACAGUCCGCUGGAAAACUUAGGUUGUCCAAACGAGAAUCUUUUUACACCAUUGUGUAUAUGUAGAUAUAGACUAUCAAAUUUAGACAAGCCACUAGAGAUGCUCUAACAUACUUACUACUUAGUAGGAGUAGAUGCUUACCUACCUACCUUGGACCCAAUUUUAUGUUGCAAGUUAACUUAUUGAUUAAUUGUUAUAUUAUGCUCAAAGGAACUAGCUAACUAACUGAAUAUCAUCAUCAUCUACUCUAGUUAGUUAGUUGCAGCCCACUGUCCAGUUUCUCUACUUCGCUACGUUAUAAAUCUUUACAUUUUCUUUCUGCAUCAUAAGCAAUGUAUGUUUCUGUCUUAUCGUCUAUGUAACAUAACAACAACAAUCGCACAAAUACGCAGCAGCGGCAGCCUUUAUCCUGGGACUGUUAGCAUUGAGCUCAUUCUUCUAGCCCUGCCUGCAGUCUUAGGCCAGGCCAUUGACCCCAUGGCGCAACUCAUGGAGACCGCGUAUAUCGGCAAAUUAGGGGCUCUGGAGCUAGCGUCUGCUGGUAUUGGUGUCGCUAUUUUCAACAUCCUAUCCAAGAUUUUCAACAUCCCCUUGUUGAGGAUAGCAACCUCAUUUGUGGCCGAGGAUAUUUCCAAGAAUGCUAGCAAGCAUUAUACUUCAGGCAAACUGGAGAUGCCAUCUGUGUCUUCUGCUUUGGUUUUAGCUGCUGCUAUUGGUACAAUUGAAGCAUUGGCAUUGUUCCUCGGAUCAGGAUUGUUUCUUAAACUAAUGGGCGUCUCACCUGUCUCUCCGAUGUAUGCUUCUGCGCGGCUCUUUCUUUCGCUGAGAGCCUUAGGAGCACCUGCAAAUGUGAUUAUGUUAGCAGUACAGGGUAUCUUUCGCGGAUUCAAGGAUACCAAGACUCCCGUACUUUUUAUAGGUUUGGGGAAUCUUUCAGCUGUGGUCCUUCUUCCUCUACUUAUAUAUGGUUUUAAGCUUGGUAUAACAGGAGCCGCAAUUUCUACAAUCGCAUCCCAGUACAUUAUUGCCAUUUUGCUUAUGUGGUCUCUAAGUAAAAGAGCUGUUCUGCUUCCUCCAAAGAUGGACCAGUUAGAGUUCGGUGGAUAUUUAAAAUCUGGUGGCAUGCUAUUGGGAAGAACCCUCUCAAUUCUGUUAACUAUGACCAUUGGUACAUCAAUGGCUGCUCGACAAGGCCCAACAGCUAUGGCUGCUCAUCAGAUUUGUUUGCAAGUAUGGCUUGCUGUAUCUCUGCUUGCAGACGCUUUAGCAGUUUCUGCCCAGGCUCUGAUUGCAAGCUCUUAUGCAAUACUGGACUACACAAGAGUCCAUAAGGUUGCGAUGUUUGCUCUGCAGAUAGGACUAGCUAGCGGGUUAGCUUUGGCAGUUGGCCUGUAUAUCUCAUUUGGCAGCAUAGCAAAGCUAUUUACCAAUGACCCUCAGAUCCUAGCGGCUGUGAGCUCCUGUGCAUUGUUUGUCUGUGCCAGUCAACCAGUUAAUGCCUUGGCAUUCAUCUUUGAUGGUCUCCAUUAUGGCAUCUCAGAUUUUAACUAUGUCGCUCAAGCUACAAUUGUGGUUGGGGUGAUAUCAUCGUUGGUCUUGUUAUAUGCUCCACGUGUGUUUGGCCUGGCCGGAGUUUGGGCUAGUUUGACAACACUCAUGGGAUUGCGCAUGGCUGCAGGCAUCCUGAGGUUGCUAUGGAAAUCAGAACCUUGGUCAUUUUUGCACGAGGAACCAAAAACCAAGGUUUGUUAAAUAUUAUUAGCUCUUGUCUUUAAUACAACAUUAUUUUUGCAAAAGCUGGACAUGUAUGUAGCUCCUCUUUGGUACAGUACUGGCUUGUUAGAAUGCCAAACUGGGUUUUUUCUUCUUCAUAUCACAUUAUUGUUAUGAUGAUCCGUGGGGGUGUAGUGUGUUUGAAUGGAAUAUUGCAGUUGCGGGCGCAGCCAGUUGCAUCAUAAGAAAAUUCAUGGCGAGCCAGCGCAGGAGAGGUGGUAGAGAGAGCUGCAUGGGCAGAUGCAGUUGAGGAGGAAUGAAGAAGCACAAGCUAAACCAACAAGGGGUCAAGCUGCUAAGCUAAGAGGAUUGUGCGUGUGUGUAUGUAAAGAAGAGGAGGAUUAUUUCAUUUGAUGUUGCCAGCAUGCAGUUUAUUCAUUUAUUUAUUUUGUUCUAGUUAUGACCAUUUCUAAUGAUAUGUAUAGCAUGGAAGAAUUGUGAGUUGUAGUACUCCCUCUGUUCCUAAAUAUUUGUUUUUCUAGAGAUUUCAA